AUGCGUUUCUCUCUUCUUACUCUGGUCGCUCUCGUUUCUGCCGCCUCAGCCGGCCUUGUCCGACGAGUCGACGUUAAUGUCCCAGCCAUGACAAACUCCGAGGGAAGGGUUGUCGCGUUCAACUCCGCUGAGGUCUUCCAGCCCGCCAAGAAGCGAGACCUCGAGAACAAGAAGCGAGCUCUCGCGCAGAGGAAGCGUGAAGUUUCCCACAAGAAGCGAGCUAUUGCCCAGAACAAGCGGGAUGCUUCCCAGGAGCAAUAA